ACAGUCGAUUGUCACACUGACAUUCGACAUUAUUGUUUUAUGUUGUAUUAUUUUCUCGUUAUUAUUCGUAUUGUUUCUGUUCAACCAUGCUAAGCAGAGUUCAAGUCUUAUUGAUUUCUCCGCUCAAACAAAGUGUCACAAAAUCUUUGAUAUCACUUAACUUUUCUACAUCUGAAGGAUUAUCAGCAUGUUUUAGAAUAGCUUUGCUCCAAUUACAAGUGGGCUUAGAUAAGGCGCAGAACUUAGCUAAUGCGGUGAAAGAGAUUCACAAGGCAAAGGAAAAAGGGGCAGAGCUUGUUGCAUUACCAGAGUUCUUCAAUGCUCCAUAUGGAACUCAAUACUUCAAAGACUACGCGGAGGAGAUCCCAUGCGGGCCGUCGAGCGCGGCAAUAAAGUGUGCGGCGCUGGAGGCCGGCGUGUGGGUGGUCGCGGGGACCAUGCCCGAGUGCCAGCGCGACAAGCUGUACAACACCUGCACCGUGUGGGACUCGAAAGGGAACCUUGUUUGUGUGCAUAGGAAGUUGCAUUUAUUCGACAUAGACAUCCCCGGGGGUAUAAAGUUCAAGGAAUCUGACGUGCUGACUGCUGGCGAUGGUAUUACCAGCUUCUGCUUCAAAGGCGUAAAGAUCGGUCUCGGCGUAUGCUACGACCUGAGGUUCUUUGAAAUGGCGCAGUUGAUGUCUAAAGAUGGAUGUUCCAUGCUCCUAUACCCAGGGGCCUUUAACCUAACAACGGGCCCGUUGCACUGGGAGCUGCUGGCUCGCGCGCGGGCCAACGACCUGCAGCUGUGGGUGGCGCUGGUGAGCCCCGCGCGCGACGUCAAGGCCAAGUACGUGGCCUGGGGACACUCCUUGGUCGUCAACCCCUGGGGGAAAGUCAUGCAAAAGCUCGACGAGAGACCCGGGACUAUUAUUAUGGAUAUUGAUACGAAAGUCGUGGAACAGGUAAGGACUCAAAUACCGAUAAGAAAACAAAGAAGAACUGAUGUUUACGAUACAAUCUAUACUACAAAGAAAAACUAAAUCCGUAAUACGGGACAUAUCACUCAAUAUGAGAACAUAAGGGAUUUAUAAACGCGAUAAUAUUUACAUAAACUGUAAAAACUAUGAAAACCUCAUUUAAGAGGACCCACGAAUUAAUGUUUUUUAGGAACUUCAUGAGACUCAGCUCAAAUAGCUCGCUUGAUAUAAAAAAAUAUUGUGCAUUUAAUACCCAAACCAGUUCAUAUGAAAUUCAAAUUUUCCGAAUCCGCAACUGUCAAUUUAGGUAUGAAAAGAACAAAAGACUAUACUAAUUAUUAUAUUUAAGAAAGAUAAGUUUUCGUUGUGAAAAUGACUGGUUAUAAAAAUAUAUUUUUAGAUUCUUGAAAUGAACAGAUGUUAUGGAAGUGUAUGCUAUAUACUUAUGUACUAAACAUAUAAAUGAACUUGUCAACGUGUAAUAACGUGAGCCCACCAAAUAUGCAUUACCUAAGUAACGAAAGACUCCAGUAUCCAAUGAUAAAGAACUAUGACAAACUAUAUCCCGUGUCAAAAUGACCAAUUGAUAGAUAAUUAUGUUGCUGGAGUUGUUCGAGGGCUCGGUCUUUAUAUAUUUUUCUUUUAUAAUGGGGUUUAAGAUAAAAUGUAUGCUAACUAAAUAUGAAGGGAAUAAGCAAUAAUACAUGGAAUAUUGCGUUAUGUUAGUUUGUUUUUAUUUUAUAUAAUAUUAUUAUAAAUGUUUUAAUGGGCGACUAAAGCCAUCAAUAGGUGUUGUUAUAAAGUGAGUAUUGUUUAUUGAAUAUGUAAAUAAAUAUUGUCACUAUGA